AUCAUCAUUCAAAUAAUAAUCAUAAUAGUAGCAAGAAAGAAGAAUUUAAUUUUCCUAAAGCUUUAAAGGAUAAUCAAUCGUUUCCGGAAUUGGAUUCGAAUAAAAAAUCGAAAGAUAUAUUCAAACAAUUGGAAUCAUUACGCAAAGUUGCUGAAAAUCUUAAAGAAGAUGAUUGGUGUCAUUCAUCAUUGAAUAAAUAUCUUGGAUUACAAUAAUGGCUGUAAAUAAAAAAAUGUGUGAUGAUGAUUGGCAAAUUGUUCUUAGCUACCAUGAUGCUAUUAUCCGGCAAUCAGAUUAUCGAAUAUUACAAUCACGACAAUGGAUCAAUGAUAGUUUGAUUGAAUUCUGGUAUGAAUAUCUUACACAUAAUCUUUUUAAAGAAUAUUCAAAUCAACUACUAUGUCUAAGUCCAUCAUUAACACAAUUAAUCAAAAUGACUGAUUCAAUGGAUGAGAUUCAAGCCAUUCUUCAGCCAUUAGAAAUUCAACAACGAAAAUUAAUAUUAAUACCAAUGAAUGAUAAUUUAUCAUAUGAUUAUGGUGGUUCACAUUGGUCAUUACUUGUAUUCAUUAAUGAUGAUGGUGAUGAUCAAUCUCGUUUGGAAUAUUAUGAUUCAGCCAAUCAAGAACAACAUAAAGAAAUGAUGAUCAACAUAAAGAUAAUUGGUUCUAAAUUAUCACAAUUAUUAUCCUGUGAUCCGGAUAUUCAUUUUAAACAAUGUCAUCCACAAGAAGAUGGCUAUAAUUGUGGUAUACAUUUAAUAUGUAAUUCUAAUGCUAUUUGUCAAAAAUAUCUAAAUAAUGAUCAACGAUCAAUCACAACAAUUAUAACCAAUGAACAGAUAAGAUCAUUUCGCAUUGAAUUAAUCGAUAUAAUCGAUAGGUUAAAAUCUAAAUGAUUCGAAAUUUUAUAAUUUGUCAUGCUAUAGGUGAGAAUUCGUUCAUCACAUCAUUUUAUAUCCGAAAUUUAUAGAAAAAAAAAUCAACGUCAUCUAUCUCUUUAUUAUUAAUAAUAAAUAAAUGAAAACAAAAUUA